GCCAAUUGCAAUGCGCCAAUUGAAAGCAUGAACAAUGGGUUAUGAAGAUUAGAAGUCCGUGACUAACGCUGACAGCUCGCUUUUAAAUUCUGCUUCCCCAGACUCGCGAAGUUUCUCCUGUAUUCUCUGCUACGCUGCCGUUGCUGUAUAUAUAGCCCCCAUCCGGGUCGAUGAAACUGUUUCUCUCAUUCUCAAUUUGCAUUAUAGCAAUUCUUCUUUCUUAUAUCUACCAACCGGAUCAAAUCAAGGAUCUAGUUUCUUAUAUUCAAGAACAAGUCCCAGCUACCUUGUCGCAGUACUUGAACACCCACAUCACAACUACUUCACGGAACACCGAGUACGCCCCUAUCGUCCACCCAGUCACGGAAAUGGCUAUUCCCCGUGCGAUCCGUCAGGCUUUCCUCGCCAUUGAGCAAGGCGAAGGUGCAGGCGCCCGUGUGCGCCGCUCCAUUGGCACCAUGAAGCUCCGCAACUUCAGCCCCUUCCUCAUGCUCGACCACUUCACCAUUGGCAAGGGCGCCGGUUUCCCAGACCACCCGCACCGCGGCCAAGAGACCAUUACCUACCUUCUCUCCGGCGGUGUAGACCAUGAAGAUUUCGCAGGUAACAAGGGUACCAUUGGCCCUGGCGACUUGCAGUUCAUGACCGCGGGAAAGGGUAUUAUGCAUGCGGAGAUGCCCCACGAGAACCCCGACGGUAGCCCCAACGUGGGUAUGCAGCUCUGGGUCGAUCUUCCGGCCAAGUUGAAGAUGUGCGAGCCCCGGUACCGCGAUCUACGGGCCAAUGAAAUUCCCUCUGUUACCGUCGAUGAUGGCCGGGUUACUGUUAAGGUGAUCUCUGGUCAAUCACACGGUGUCGACUCCGUUCGUGAUCUCGCAUACACCCCUGUUUGGAUCCUCGAUAUCAACAUCAAGCCCGGUGGCAAGAUCACCCAGGCUCUGCCUCAGGGCUGGAACGCAUUCGCAUACACUCUCGGUGGCACCACUGUCUUUGGCUCCAACGACUCAACUCAAUUGAUCAAGGAAUACCACAAUGUUGUCUUUGAGCAAGAUGGUGGCUAUGUGGAGAUGUCUGUUCCUGACAAUGCGGAAUCCGACUCGCGCAUCUUUCUUGUGGCUGGUCAACCGCUGGAUCAGAAGGUGGUUCAGUACGGUCCUUUCGUCCUGAAUACCCAGGAACAGGUUUAUCAGGCUAUGCUUGACUUCCAGACUUCAUCGAAUGGAUUUGAGAGAGUGCGUGGGUGGGAGAGUGAAAUUGGCAAGCGGAUGGCCUGGUGAUUGAUUUGUUUGCGAUAUAUAUAUAUAUAUAUAUAUACGAUGGCGUUUGGUCUGUUAUUUAUUCAUGAUUGUUUAUUUUUGUGGUUUGGUACUGCUAUAGCCUGUCAUCUGUUGCGGAUUCGCAGUUUAGUUCAUAUUAAUGUUGGCCAGAGUCUUGAGGCAUAUAUGUAGUUUCGUCCCCGUAGACGACUCUCAUACUGUUGGAGAGUAGAAUUUCGGGUUAGAAGGAUCCAGAAUUAGA